UCGGCUCGGCUGGCCGCGGAUCUAUGGUAUCCGGCUUCUUCAGCUCACGACGUGCGCGGCGUUGCGGAAGCGCUGAGUACGGCGUGGGUUUUUUUGUUUUUGCACUUUGCAGGAGCGACGAGACUGUAGAGCUGUGAGUGACUCGGGCAGGCUCAGAAGCAAACAAAAAUGGCAAAAAGCAUAAGGAGCAAAUGGAAGAGAAAGAUGCGGGCGGAGAAGAGGAAGAAAAAUGCCCCCAAGGAACUUGCCAGACUGCAGAGCAUCCUGAAAAUAAAUGGUGAUGUUCAAAUGGAUGAAGUGAAAGAGAUAGCAACUGUCGUUCCUGCUGAGAAAGUCAAAGAGAAAAAGACUCAGGAUGAGGGGAGUAAGAUGGACAUGGAUACCAAAAGAAAUCAGAAGACACUUCUAGAUCAACACGGACAAUAUCCAGUGUGGAUGAAUCCCAGGCAAAGGAAGAAGCUUAAGAGAAAGCGUGUCAAAGGGAAAAAUAAGUCGAAAGUACCAAAGGGAUUGGCAUGGUAGAGUCUGGGUGAAUUUUAAGAAGAAGAAAAAAGACUUGGUAUAGAAAAUUAAGUCAGCUGAAAAAUAAAUCAAGUGGCCUAAGCAGCAUCAACUGCAAAUUAUUACUUUCUUGAUUUAGACUCAUGAUGUCAGUUUGCAGUGGCUAUUACCUUGGAAUAUCAUUCAUUUAAUAAAGUUCCAUGUUCUUA